GACCUAUGACAUGCACCGUAUACCAACGUCUAUUCGAUGUUUUUGAAAAAGUCCCAGACCGUUCUGCACUGGUUUGAGAUUCUUGUCCGAUUUUCAGUGUUAAAUUUCAUGUCGCAAAUUGGUAAUUACUUAAAAUUUGAAUUUUGGUGACAUACCCCUACGGUUAGACAACAAACUUUACGCAGCAGUAUAGCUAGUACCCUAGUACUAUGGGAAAAAACAAGAAACGCUCUGUAUACAUGCAAUCGUGAUAAAUCUUUUGACUGUCGUUCUGUGCAGAUGCUGGAAACUGGGUUUUUUUCGACAGGCAGUCGAAUGUGCUUUGUCUAUGGGUUAUUGUUUUUCAAUGGCUCGAGUAACGUGCUGUAGGAAUUCACAUUCAGUAUGACAGUACAUGGUUAUAGCCUAUACUAGGGGAUACCUGCGUUGCCAAUCCUAGUUUUGCUAAUUAGUUCCUCUGUUACCUGUUCAAUAGUUAAAAGCAUUUAAAACUAACUUCUUGCAUUUGCAAUUUAACACUUACCGUUUUUGAAUUUUACUACACUUGCAGCCAUUUUGUCAUACUUUCUUUCUUUUGUUUUGCAAAGUAUAAUUACAGGUAGUGAUUAAUGUAUCCUUUUUUUUUCUUUAAAUUACAUGUCCCAGUUUGUUAUUAUAUUAACAUUUUACAUUAAAUGCUGAUAUUCUAUAUUUAUUUUUGUGUUUGUGAGAGAGUAGAUUAUCCCUGCAUGAUUGUAUUAACCGUUUAUACUGUUAAGAAAGCACCUAAUACAGCUUCGAUCGUUCAUUGUAUCUGUUCCUUUCUUAUCUCGUGCCCGCUGCCGGAUGCGACGGUGCGUAAGGAUACGAACAGUGGGGCCCUCUGUAUAAUUAUAACUUUUCUGCUUGCCUUCUCACCGCCAAUUUUUCCUGUUAAAUUAAUCGUAGACGAUGCCGCGGCAUUUUCAUGUUUUUUAGGUACUUGCAAUUUAUCAUUUUACGUCUAAACUUAUCCGUAGAUGGGUUUGAUGUAUUUUUGUACUAAAUUGAUUUAUCUUUUUUUUAGCACAAAAUCUGCACUAAGAUCGCUGAUAAUUAAGACCAAAGGCUUUAUCUCGGGGACCAAGACAUGCAUUUCAUGAAUUUUUGGUGACGACGUAUUUUGAAGUCGGGACGUCGCUGGUUCUGCUACCAGAAAUAGUUCCUUUCGUUGAUCUUGUGCUGACGUGCUUUUGUGUAGAGAAAAUGAAAUCAUGCAUAACCGUACGCUGGUUUGAAAACAGCGCUCUCGGGUACAGAAAUGUGCCUGCUUUAAUUGCGAAUCGAGUUCUUAGCGCGUCUCAUAUACAAGGGCCACCUCAAUAUCUCUUUUAUUUGGCGAGAUACGAAAAAUGUGUGAAAUAUAAUUUUAUAUGAUAUUACGAUGUUAUCCGAUCGCAUACUAAAACUUCCGGCAUACCUUCCGGUUUAACCGGAAAUCAAUGGCACUUUUGUUUUUCAAAUGCAAUGCUUAUGUUUUUUUACGAUAUUUGAGAAGAGUAAUCAAUUUGCGACAACAUAAAAUAUGCAUAUGGUUGAUAUACAAAAAAUAGAAACAUUAUAGUGAUUCAAUAUGUAGAAAACUCGUGAAAUCCAACAUGCCUAGUCCAGUUUAUAUUCGUUGUAUUGUUUUUAAUCUUCAUGAACGCAUUUGGAACUGGUGGGCGCGGCGCAGUCCCGUCGAACGCCCUACCAACACUUGGUUGUAAUCGCUCUUGGUCGAGCGCUCGACUCUCUAGUUGCGAGAUCGCGACGGUUCUAGUCGUGACAAGGCGCGACUGCUACUCCCUAGGGCCUAGUGCAUUUCCACCUUAAGUCUUCAUGAAGCGUACGGGAUGCAUAAAUGCACUAAGGAUUUCUUUUGUUUAAGUCUUUUUCGUAUUAUUCGAAAGCUUUUGCGAGUCACGUGUCACUUUAAUGUAUUUGAUGCAGAACAUUCUAGCGCUUUAUGGAUCAUCUGCUGCUACACUUAACAAUGGCCCCACUAUCUAAUGUAAAAUUGCGACACAUCCCCAUCUCACUCGCCGAAGGUUCCCAUUCUCGGACCCCACCGUCGACAGGGAGAGGGUGCGAGUGUGGUGUCCGACUUUGAUCUUAAACGUCGCUCAACAACAUGAACGCUGCUACAACUGCGGAAAUCGACUACUCUUUACGAAGGAAACAUCAGAUGCGUAUCUAUAUUUGUCGGUGCCUGAAUAAAGACUCAUCUAAAUUAAUGAAGUUGCGCCUCUUUAUAAUUCUCACUCAACGAACGCGGUUUAUGGCGCGGAAUCGGUUACCGAUAGAGGACCAAGCAAGAAGUGAAUUAAGAACUCAAAGGACUAAUCAGUAGAAAUGACAGAUUAGAUAUCGAUAGAUAGCGCAAAUUGUUACACCUACCAUUAUUGGUAUUCUAUUUAAAAUAAGAAAAAGAAAGUAGUUUUAUCAACCCUAUUUAAAACCUAGAGAAGGAAAGAGUCUGUUUAAAACAUCAAAUAAAAAAUGCCAUUUUCUACUUUAAAGACGUAUUUCAAAUAGAUGUAUUCGAAAUAGGUACUGACUUGAGACUUGCUCAUGCCUUAUCACGAUUAGCGCUAUCUCGGUUAAUGAAUCCUGAAUUUAAAAUUACCGCUCAAAAUAAAACGUUACAUGUUGUCAUAGCGAUUUCAAAUUCAAAACAAAUGAGAACCAUCUAUCGACCUUAUUGUGAAUUAUGGCCAUUUAUAACCUUGUUUUUAGCUUUUUAAUAUAAUUUUGUACGUGUACAAAAGGCAUAUUUCUUCAUUUUUAAAACUGCGCAGUGUUUUAACAUGUUAUGUGUACGAAUAACUUAAAACAUGGAAGAUGACCGCAAGAAAAAAGUGGAAGCUGGCCGUGAAAAGCUAACUGCCUACAAAAAGAAAAAAGAAAAACACAAACAUUCACCGCGAAGUGCUUCGGCUUCCCAAAGUGAUACUUCAUUGUCCGCAUCCCCACCCUUGUUAGAAAAUGCACCCAAACAACAUACUGGAGACGUCCAGUCGGAGAGUAGUGUUAUAUCCGAACAUUUAAGUUCACACAGUGAGAGCAUUGAAAAUGAUAGAUCACUUCAAGAAAUCGAGAUAUCGAACGUCCCGUCAAACUUGUCAUUAUUUGAAAACUUGUCGUCCGACGAAAACACAGAACAUAUAUCGCACGAGAAUAAACCCUCACCAUUAGAUUCUAGUAACAGUACCGAUCCACAUGUGAUAACUAAAACGAAUGUAGAUAGUCAAAGUAAUGUACAAAGUAUUUUAAACGAAAUCCUUAGGAGCGAGGAAUUCAAAUCCGAUUCGGAACACACCCUGCACCAUACAGAUUCAAACGAGAAUAGCUUUAAUCUGUUUAAAGAUGUUAAUUUAAACGAUAGUUUUCUUGAGGAGUACGGCACGAAACCAAACGUUUACGGCACUCUCGGCGACACCUCAAAAUUGAAACAGCUCGAGGAGAUUAUCAACGCGAAGGAAACGACCAUCAACGCGUUGACCUCCGAGUUGGAAUCUUGGAGAGAAAUUAACUCGAGUGCUCAAUCCACACCGAGCUUAAACACUUCGACUACAGACUAUAAAAAUUUUCCCGAAGAGUAUUACAAAAAGAUCGUAAAGUACGACGAUGACUUGCAGCAUCGCGACAUCUUGAUCCAACAGCUGACAGAUGCAUUGAAAAGGUCGUGUGACGAACGAGUGCAGCUAGAACGAGACAGCCAGAGUUUGGCAACCGAUAUCGCCGUACUCCAAAAACAGCUAGCCCAUACGUCCGAUUUGCUGGGGAAGAAGAAGGAGGGUGCGUUGGUUCCCAUAAGGGAUUGUUCUGCUCAAACUGACACUCUCGAGCCGGUAGUCACCGGAACCAUUUUGCCAGAUGGUGAUACAACUGAUGGUAUUGGGAUAGACACACAGCAUUUUCAAUCUUCGGACGAACCUCAAGGAGACGAAUCAAUUUUGAACUUGGACAAAGAAUGUUUAUCGCUGGAGAGGACCCUCAAUGCGCCACAGAUUGAGCUGAUGCGAGGGGUUAAGGAGUCUAUCAACGCUUACGUAGAGGCCCAUAUGGGGGAGCAUCACAGAUUACAUCAGCUUGAGUUGAAAAAAUUGGAGAAUAAAUUGGAGAACGAACAAAUGGGGUACGAAGCAGAAAUCGCAAAGCUAAAGGAACUGUUAAAUGGUAUGAAUUGCCAUCCCGACGAUGUCGUCGCACUUAGAACAGAAUUGGAAGCGAAACACGCAAAGGAAAUGGAAGAACUUCGGACUUAUUUUGAGAAGAAAUGCGCGGAAGUCGAAAAAAAGAAGGAUACAAUCUAUUCGGAGGAGGUGUUCAGUCAACAUAGUCGUAAAAUGUCCGAAUCAAGUCUAUGUUCAGAGUCUUUAGACUUUCACUUCACCGGAUCGCAUCUACCUUCAGGCCCAGGUGGCGAUUCCAGCCACUUGCACAUCGAGUUACCGAAAAUCGAGCCACCCAAACCCAAUUUUAAGGCGUUUACAAAAAGCGAUUGCGUCAAACUAAAACAAGACCUAUCGGAUAUUGUGAAAACGCUAGCCGAGUACGACUUAGAACGUAUAAGUCAAGAAGAUCACGCCGAUUUGAUAACGAGCUUGGAGAAGUGCAACCUGCAGCAGGUGUUCAAGUUCGAUCUGUCCGCGUUCAAAAAUAAGUGUAACGCCGAACUCGAAAUUCUAAGGGAGGAUUACGAGAAUCGCAUCGAGGUUCAAAAUACGAAGAACAUGGAACGAAUCGAUUCUCUCAAAUCGGAAUUGGAGGAGGCUUUGCGUAAUGCGGAAUUGAAUAUUCAUACGGCCGUUCAGGAAGUGGCGAGUUCGGGCGAGUUUGAAUUGGAAGAGGUCGUUCAAAGCUAUGAACGUCGAUUGCAGGAACAAGUCACGAUGGCUAAGUUUGACAUAUUGAAUGCUUUAGAGCUCCAAGUGCAGGUUGCCUCGUAA